GGCCAACUCAGCAAGCCAAGAGCUUGCAGCUGAGGAUUCAGUUUUAUUGCUCUGUCAGAUUUCAGUACACGAAAGAGAAAACGAAUCCAGUGACAGGCUAGUCAGUAAAUAUUUUAUUUUUUAUUUCAAUUUUGGACCCGAGCUAAGUAAACCCCAAUUCGAUCAAGCACCGUCGAUCACUACUAAAUCUUCCCGAUGGCAACACACCUGCAUCUCAGUGAAAUCGAAUGUGAUCAGAAUCACCAUUCAAAAAACGACUCGUCGGAGAACCCUAAACGUUGCAUCAGUUACGAAGCAAUGAAAAAUCUGCACGAAAUGCGGCUUAGCAAUACGCUCUGUGAUGCGACAAUCUCUCAGAAGGAUUGUAGCUUUCGGGUGCAUCGGGCGAUCUUGAGCUCGUGCAGCGACUACUUCCGGACGCUGUUCACGACGACAGUGCCGAGUGAGAAGGACUAUAUCAGCCUACACGAGAUACGAAGUCCGAUCAUGGAGCGGAUCAUCAAGUACUCGUACCUACGCGAGUGCGAAAUCAACGAACAGGAUAUGUUCGAAAUGUACGCAGCGGCAGAUUUCUUAGGCAUGCCAGGGCUGCAGAAACGAUGUGUUGAGUUCAUCAAAAGCGUAAUACGUAUCCAAAACUGUAUUACCGUCAUGUUGUACGGAAGACAGCGAAUGUGUCCGGAGCUGUACGAUUUUGCGAGAAGGUUUAUUUUGGCCAACUUUGUAGCUGUUGCGUCCAAGUGUGACGAUGUGGUACAUUUGGCCGUCGAUGACAUCUGCGACAUUCUGAGUGAUGAUUUCCUGAAUACCAAAGACGAUGAACCGGUUUGGGAAUGUUGCAUCCGAUGGAUUGAGUAUGAUCCGGCGAAUCGAGUCAAGCACGUGGCACGGUUGAUGGAAACCGUUAGACUAGGACUUUUGAGGACGGAAUACUUUCUCGAAAGGGUUAAAGAACAUCCGUACGUUUUGGAAUGUAAUGAAACAAAACCAAUAGUCAUCGAAACAUUGACAUUUAUCUACGAUCUAGAUAUGGCCAACACUAAAAAGAAUAAGAUGAAAACUCCAUCUCUAGCGAUUCCUCGUGUACCGUACGACUUAAUCUUCACAUUUGGAGGCUGGAGUGAUGGGUUGCCCCAGUCGAUUAUCGAAAUCUACGACACUCGGGCGGACCGGUGGGUUGAGGUCGAGGCCAAUUGCCGAACGGAGCAUCGAGCAUACUACGGCUGUGCGGUAAUCGGAAGCAACGUUUAUUGUAUCGGAGGCUACGAUGGCGUGGAGCAUUUUAACACUUGUCGGAAGUUUGACGCCAUUAGUAUGAUGUGGACCGAGAUAGCUCCGAUGCACAGUCGACGAUGUUACGUCAGUGUUGUCGAGAUGGAUGGACUGAUAUAUGCGAUGGGAGGUUUUGAUGGAAACAGUCGACAGAAUACGGCCGAAGUGUACGAUCCACAAUCCAAUCAGUGGACAAUGAUAGCGCCGAUGCACUAUCUAAGGUCGGAUGCGGAUGCUUGCGUGCUGGAUGGGAAAAUCUACAUCGUGGGAGGAUUCAACGGGCAGGAAUGUUUGAAUACGGCCGAAAUGUACGACACCGAGAAGAACGAAUGGCAACGGCUGCCCAAUAUGAUCACGAGACGAUCCGGAGUGUCCUGUAUAGCACAUAAGGGUACCGUCAAUGUCGUGGGAGGAUUCAACGGGCUGAUUCGGAUGAACAGCUGCGAACGGUUCGAUCCCAUCACUCAGCGGUGGCAAGCCUUCAAGGACAUGUACUACCCGAGAAGCAACUUCGGCCUGGAGGUUAUCGAUGAUAUGAUCUUUGCCAUCGGUGGAUAUGAUGGGGCCAGUGGAAUAUCCAACACAGAAUGCUACGUCACGGAGCAGGACCAAUGGCUGGAGGCCACGGAUCUGAACAUUUGCCGGUCGGCCUUCAAGGCGGUCGUGAUUUGCAAUCUGCCCAACAUUCGCGACUACAUCCACAAGGAGCGGGAAAGCCUGGCCGCUGAUCGGAGAUCCGCAAGAAAGUGAUCACAAUUCGUCCGGGUCUGGCAAUUCCGUGGAUGAACUAGAUUAACUGACUGAACAAAGAAGAAGUGGAGCACAAUCGAACCAAAUUAAGCACAGUAUCUAAAUUAAAACCGUCAAUCUAUCCGAACUACUUUACGAAUCGUU